UAUUAAUUUACGAUUAAAAUAAUUGCAAUAAUUUUCCGUUUCAGUUAACCCGAGACGCCCGCUUUCGCUUCAUAACUUCAUUCCGGGCCGAACGCUUUGCCGAAGCUGAGCUCCUUCCACUUCAUUCUAGUUAAAUUAAUAAAAAAAAAGAAGUGAAAAAGCUGCUAUUUUUAGAUAAAAUGGGGGGAUCAGCCAAGGAGCAACAACACGAGGUUGAAGAAGAUGAGGAAGAAUAUGUCCUGCUCGAUUUGGAUGGCGUAGCUCCCCACAUUCGUAUUCCAGAGAACGCAGCAUACGUGCUCACUGGUCUGGACACGCUAAACCCGAUUCUCGUGAUAGAUAACAAUAUCAAGCUGAUUGGAGAAUACACUGAAACAAUUGGGACUGGCCUUAUUUUUGGUGAAAGUGACGCGGGGCGUGAACAAGAGGCUGGUCCAUCUGAGGCCAAGAAAACCCAAGCUAAGCAGGUUAAUCCAACGGGACAGCUCACUAAGGUUCUUAAAUUCAAAUUAUGCUUGGAACCUACGAGUAAAGAUCUUCUGAACCACAAUGGGUGUCGUGAUUGAUCCCUCUCGUUCUGUGGUACAAGACUUCCGAUCAUCCAGGGAACCUCUCAGCUAUCUUCAGCUGCUUGACUAGGUUGUUUGUUCGUCUUUAUCUGUAUGCUUUCAGCGCCAUGUACAUUCUAUCUCUCUGUCCUUCGUUGUUGAAGCCUAGUUACAUAAUUAGUACUAACAUAUGUAUUGAAAAAAUACUUUUAUACCAAAGUUUUGGUUGAUUUAAA